CAUUCGGAAAUCAUAUUUCUCUGUGACUGACUGGGGAGUAUCCACCGAAAAGGGAAUCAAUUUUCACGAAAAUGAAAAAGAGAUUUAAGACUCUGUUGAGUAGACAGGGUAGCAGCAGUACCAGUUUUGAAGAUGUGAGUCCGGUCGAAGAACAACCUCCUCCCCCUGAAGAUGUGCAGAAAGUUUACACAAAGGAGGACAGAGAGUUUUCCAACGAUCCUGUUGAAGAAGCAGAGGUCAUUGGAAGCAUAGAAGAACAGUAUUUCAGAGAGGAUACUUUCGACUGCAGCAACCACGAACUUGAGAAACUCACAUCUGAACAACUAGAUCUUGCUGCUAUUGACGAGGAUAGAAACCAGCUAAGAAGACAGCUGCAAGCAGUAUCCAAGAAAUUCUCAGAUGUUGUUUUGGAAAACCAAUCUGCAUAUACCAAGGAGCUACAAAGAGUUAUGGAGUUACAAGCAUCACUACAGAAAGCAAGUGUAAUCUGCAUGAAUGGUCGAAGGCAAUUGUCAAUGACCAAGCAAGGUUUCACUGUGGCCAGUCUCAGGAUCCUGAAGAACCACCGUAAGAAACAGCAGCUCCUUGGACUACUCAAAUCCCUCCAUACCAUCGAUACACUGCAAAGAACAGAUAUCAGACUGCGAGAGCUAAUGGAAGAAGAAGACUACCCUGGUGCCAUUCAGUUAUGCCAAGAAUGCCAGAGGGCUGCAAGUAACUUCAAACACUACAAAUGCAUCAGUGAACUAAGCUCCAAGCUGCAGGAUACACUGGAAAUGAUCGAGGAACAACUUGAUAAUGCCCUGGCCAAGACGUGCAGUAACUUUGACAUCAAGAACUAUGAGAAGCUACAGAUGGCUUAUAGAUUAUUAGGCAAAACACAGACCGCUAUGGACCAACUUCACAUGCAUUUCACCAGUGCGAUACACAACACAGCAUUCCAGAUCAUUCUGGGCUACGUUCAGCUCGUAAGUGGACCUAUCGACUCAAGGUUCCAAAAGAUGCCGUACAGGGAUCUGUGCUCGCAAAUUACCCAGGAGACGUACAUCCCCUGCUUGGUGGAUCUAUGCAAGGCAUUGUGGGAAGUCAUGAAGAGCUACUACCAGACGUUGGAAUGGCAUGACAACCAGGAGAGCACCGACCAGGCUGCUACGCCAGAAUCAGAGGAAAUCCAACAGGCUAGCGAUGUAGAGGAGUCCUUUAGUAGACGGUACAUCAGGAAGAAACUAGAGCAUGGUCUAGCUAGGAUAUGGCAGGAUGUCCAGCAAAAGGUCAAGACCUACCUUCAGGGGACUGACCUGUCCAGCUUCAAAUACGAUGAUUUCAUCUAUGUCCUUGAUCUUGUCAACAGGUUGAUAUCUGUAGGAGAGGAGUUCUGCGGCAGUAAAUCAGAAGGUCUUCAUGAUUCAAUCAGACAACAGAGCUUGAAUUACUUCAAGAGUUAUCAUAGGGCUAGAAUGGACGAGCUUCGGAUGUUCCUCGAGAACGAAGGCUGGGAGAUGUGUCCCGUCAAGAGCAACUUCUCCUUCCAGAGCCUCCAUGAGUUCAGGUUUCUUCGGGAGUACGACACCAUCACCUCCACCACUGGUAGCAGAGCCGAUGGGCGCAAGGUACCGGUCUCUCCAACAGGGCGUGGCUUCUUCUCUAAGUAUGCCGAGCAUGGCAGCCCCUUUGAAAAACAGUUUACUUCCGAUGAAGAAGAAGAUGAGGCGACCGCGAAUGGGCCGGAGAAUGAGAAGUUCCUUGGUUAUGAAGACUCUGAUGAUAGUGAUGUACCUGAUGAGCUCAAACAGGAUUUUGUGGAUGAGAAGACAGGAGAACAGCCAGUCAAAAGGAAUUCUCUCAAGAAGAAGAAAGCAGAGAGAGCUUACAACAAAGGUCCCAUCCUUACCAACACAACACUUACAGUACUCCGGCUAUGUGGGAAGUACAUGAAUAUGAUGUCCGUCCUGAAGCCGAUAGCCUUUGAUGUAGUGCUUUGCAUGUCUCAACUCUUUGACUAUUACAUCUUCGCUGUCUACACUUUCUUUGCAACAGACGUGAGUACGAUGAGUGGCGCCUCACUUGGCAGUAAGCUGUGGACUACGCUGAAGAGGAUUAAUGAUAAUCUCAUCGAGCAAGACCCAAACGCUGCUAUGGUGUCUCAUUCGGUCGAUGGAAGGAUGAAAGUUGGCUUUCCCCAUGUCUCUCCCAUCGUUGACCUGAAUAGUAGCGAUGGAUUGUAUAGUCUUGCUGAAAGAGUCGUUGGUACUGAGUCUCUGAUAUUUCUUGCCAAUCAGUUUGAGCUGCUGCAACCCCAUCUGGAUUCAGUCAUUCCAGCCAGCAAGAAAGCGUUCCUUCAACAGUUUUAUUCCCAGACGGUGAGUGUCGCUAGUGAUCUCCGUAAGCCCAUCUAUCGGGGCGUGGCCUCUCGCUGUAUGAACUAUGAUCGCAUCCUGCAGCUCAUGCUGACGGUCAGAUGGGACAUCAAAGAUAUCAUGUCACAGCACAGCCCUUAUGUAGAUGCUCUACUACAGGACAUGAGUGGAUUCAGCAGUAGAUUAGCAGCAAUGAGUAACAAGAGAGUACCUAUACCACAAGAAGCUCACAGAGUUCUAUGGGAGCAUGUCAUCAGACUGGCUAAUCGCAUCUUGGUAGAGGGGUUUGCAAGUGCCAAGAAGUGUAGUAACGAAGGUCGAGCUCUGAUGCAGCUAGACUUCCAGCAGUUCCUGAUCAAGAUUGAGGGCAUCGCACAAGUCAAGCCCGUACCAGAUCGGGAAUUUGUAGAAGCCUACGUGAAGGCCUACUAUCUCUCCGAGGCUGACAUGGAAUUAUGGGUAAAGGAACACAAGGAGUAUUCAGCCAAGCAGCUGAGCAGCUUGGUGUCCUGUGCUGUAGGCUCCAAGAAGGCGCGUCAGAGACUCCUCAAUAGCAUAGAAGACUUUGAGAAGAACAGACCAAGAUAGCAGCACCUAUUACAAUAGCAUCACCCAUUCGUCAACCCCAUUCAGACCUGGGCCCUGUUUCAUCAAACUUCUUAUCAAUAGCAUAUGCUUCAUUUCUAUGACAAAUUUGCUCUCAGCCAAUCAAAUGCCAUGAUUUCAGUAGCUUAUAACAGUUAUUGUAGCUUUUUAUUGAUGACAAGUUUCAUGAAACAGGGCCCAGAUGAGGUAAACUGGUUCAAAGACUGCCCCAAGAACAUAUCCUGUGUAAGUUCCACGAGACAUGCUCCAGCGACAAAUGUCUCUGACGUUCUAAUCAAAUUCCCAUCUUCAUCUCUGCUCACGGGAAAGAAGAAAAAUGGUCUCUAUGGGCAGGUGGUCCUGUUGUACAGGUUGCAUUAGAAACUACUUUCAAGGGAAACAAUAAAAUGAGGUCUAUCUAUACAGGGGACUAAGAUUAACUUUAAGUUGGAUUUAACUAUGGCAGGCCAUUCAUGCCACUGGUUGCUUUUAUUAUUGGCCUCUCAAUUAUGAUCUUUAGAUAAUAUU